AUGGAGACUGAAAGUUAUUCUCACUCUACUGGUGUACAAGACCCUCUUUCUCUUGAAUCUAAACCCAAGAAACCUGCAGGUGGAUGGAGAGCCAUAAAGUACAUUCUUGGAAAUGAAUCGUUUGAGAAACUGGCGUCGAUGAGCCUGGUAGCAAACAUCACAGUGUAUCUGCGUACGAAAUACAACUUGAAUGGCAUACUUCUUGUUAAUGUGGUUACAAUAUGGUCUGGUAGUUCUAAUCUCUCGUCAAUAGCCGGUGCCAUAAUCUCCGAUGUUUGUCUUGGAAGAUUUCUCACUCUCCUCAUUGGCACCAUUUGCUCGCUUUUGGGAAUGGUUGGUAUGACCUUAACAACAAGUAUACCUCAACUAAGGCCUCCAGAAUGCAAUGAACAAUCUCCAUGCACACAGCCCCACAAAUUGCAGCUUGGUUUCCUGUUUACCGCUCUCGGAAUGAUUGCACUUGGAGCAGGUUGCAUUAGGCCAUGCAACAUUGCCUUUGGUGCUGAUCAAUUUGAUACAAAAACUGAGAAAGGAAGAGCCCAGCUUGAAAGCUUCUUCAAUUGGUGGUAUUUGUUAUUCACAGUAGCGCUUGUGAUAGCCCUAACCGGGGUCGUCUACAUUCAGACAAAUAUCAGCUGGAUGAUAGGUUUCGCUAUCCCAACAGCCUGUCUUGCCAUUUCAAUCACAGUUUUCUUGAUUGGUCAACAUACUUACAUAUACAAGAAGACUCAGGGAAGUGUUUUUAUAGACAUGGCAAAGGUAGUUGCAGCUUCUUUUAGGAAACGAAAGAUAAACCUCGGAUCAGUUGAUAAUCAGCACUCUUUCUAUGACCCUGUGCAAGAAAAGGAAGCGGAAAUAGCUAACCCGACAAAACUGAAAAGGUUUAACUGCCUUGACAAGGCUGCUGUGAUAACUGAUCCAGGGGAAUUGGAUGCACAAGGUAUGCCUACAAAUAGUUGGAAAUUGUGCAGUGUACAACAAGUACAACAAUUGAAGUGUUUGGUUGGGAUUAUACCAGUAUGGUUUUCGGGCAUUGCUUGUUUCCUAGUCAUGGACCAGCAAAGCACAUUUGGAGUCCUGCAAGCAAUUCAGAUGAACAGAUCAGUUGGGAAUCAUUUCAAAAUUCCACCUGCUUGGUUGUCCAUAACAUCGAUGAUUGCACUCUCUAUCUGGAUAUACAUUUAUGAAGGCAUAUACAUCCCCACUGCUAAGAAAAUAUUGAAAAGGCGUUCAAGGUUACUGCUACAGCACAGGAUUGGAAUCGGGAUUGUUAUGUCAAUCCUCUGCAUGGUGGUAGCUGGAGUUGUUGAAAAGAGGCGACGAGAACUAGCUAUAAAGCAAGGUUCUUUCACCUCCUCAGUUCCUGUUCUACUCCUCGUGCCUCAGUUUAUCCUAUCCGGCCUUACAGAAGCUUUUUCUGCUGUUGCUAUAAUGGAAUUUGUUACAGUACAAAUGCCAGAAAGCAUGAGAAGUGUUGCGGGUUCAAUCUUUUUUCUCAGCCUGUCAAUUGCAAGCUACCUAAGUGCCCUCAUUGUCAACGUAAUAAGCUCUGUAACUGGACGAAACAGAAAAUCACCAUGGCUUGGUGGACAUGAUCUUAACAAGAACAGGCUCGAUUACUACUAUUACAUUAUUGCUACUCUAGGAGUCAUCAACUUGAUAUAUUUCACUUUCUUUGCAAGCAGUUAUGCGUCUUGUGGCAAAGCCAUAAAAGUUGCAGAAGAAUCACAGUUACAGAACUCAGUCAAUCAAUUAGAGGCUAGAGAUUUUCCACCAAAUGAGAUUAUGCAGGAUGAGGAAAGAGGAUUAGACGCAAGGACAAUUUAA